AUCAACAAAAUUUAUGUGUUCAGUAACCUAUAAUUCUUAUGAUUUUUGUACACCUAGUAAGUAAUAAACCUUUCAGUGAAUGUCAAUCAUUUUGCUGAAGAAUAUAUACCUGUAGAAAACUUUGCUCAACACGCAAUAUACUCGUACGAACUACAUAACUUGAUAACUAUGUUGCUAUCACAGGAAAACUGGACAAAAUUGAUUCUGUCAUCAUGAUACAAUCACUUGUCCCAUUUACUGUAUUCUCGUGUGACACAAGUACAAGACAUUUGAUAAAAUGUGAUUACUAGUUCCCAUUUUAGAAAGCUUUUCCGUUCUUCCCUCUCAGUAUAGUUUGCAAAGUUUAUAAGAACCGUAUCCCGUUUUCUACUUGAAUAACGAUCAAACUCAAGUCAACGUUUUGCUGCUCGUAUCUUCAAGCAUCAAUGAUUGCAUGAUGGCUAAUGUUGAUCCUGUAGUCUUCACAAUCAAUGGAAAAGUACAUAAAAUUUCAGGUGAUGUCGCUAUAGAAACUUCUCUGAACACUUACAUAAGAGACUAUGCCAGGCUCAAAGCAACCAAAUUCAUGUGCUUGGAAGGUGGAUGUGGAAGUUGUAUUGUCACAGCGAGAAUCGAAAAUCCUUCGACCAAAAAAGCAACAGCAUAUGCUGUCAACUCGGUAAGUAAAAUUCAAAAGCAUCCAUAUCUUCUUGAAUCUGGAAAACCGUCCAAGAAAGAUGUUGAACAAGCUUUUGGGGGCAAUAUCUGCCGAUGCACGGGAUAUCGUCCAAUUUUAGAUGCAUUCACUUCUCUAGCAUCUGACGCGCCCAAGAUUUGCAGUCGUGCUGUUUGUGACAUAGAGGACAUUGUAAAGCAUUGUGAAGGCGAAGACAAUGCUAGUUGUGAAGGGGCAAGCUAUUCGUCAUCUCCCGGUACUGACGAUUCUCUCGAAAAAAACAAUUAUGAGAAGUACAUCAUUGAAGAAAACGUUGAGGUGAAAGAAAAAUCCGAUAAUGAUGAAGAAGAGGAAGAAGACUAUGAAAGCAACUUUGAAAGUUAUUUUGUUGAAUUGGCGUUAGCGCCACAAAAUCUCACAAUGAAGGACAAAAGCGGAAAGGAGUUUUAUUAUGUCAAGACAAAAAAGGAAAUUUUUGAACUUCUUGACAUGGUCGGCAGCAAAAAAUACGAGCUGCUAUCUGGUGGCACCGCUAAAGGAGUUUACAAGAAUGACUUCAAACCCCAAGUCUAUAUUGACAUAACAAAAGUCACAGAGCUGAGAAAAAUAUCAGUUAGUGGUGUCAUAGAAUUGGGAGCCAAUGUAACUUUGACGGAAACUUUAAAUUUCUUUUUAUCCAUUUCUAAACAAAGACCGGCUGAAUUUGGCUACACCAGUGUUCUAGCUGAUCAUAUAAAGCAAAUUGCAUCUGUGCCUGUGAGAAAUGUAGGAUCAAUUGCUGGAAAUUUGAGUAUUAAACAUAGACAUCAAGAGUUCCGAUCUGAUGUAUUCUUGAUACUUGAAACUGUGGGUGCACAAUUGAGAAUAGGUUACUGUUCUCACUCUCAGAUUUCAAAACGGGCUCAGAAUGCAAUUUCAUAUGUGAAUGCUGGCUUUCUGUUCCAAUUGAACCGUGAAAGCAAAUUCAGGGUUAUAGGGAAACCUAAUAUUGUGUAUGGAGGUAUAAGCAGAUCUUUUAUCCAUGCCUCAAAUACCGAGAAAUUUCUUAUUGGCAAGAACUUGCUGGACAAUAAAACGUUGCAAGGUGCGUUGGCUGUACUUAGCAACGAAGUAAAUCCAGCUGUUGAUGAAUUGGAUGCCAGUACUUCGUACAGAAAAGGACUUGCUGUCAGUCUAUUCUAUAAGUUUGUGCUGAGCCUUGUGCCAAGUGGGUCGUCUGUCUACAGCAGCGGAGGAACUCUUCUAGAACGUCCACUCUCGUCUGGAAGUGUCAAGUUCGAAUCCAAUGACAAGUUAUCACCUGUAACCAAACCAAUUCCAAAACUUGAAAUCGAGCUGCAAUGUUCAGGUGAGCUGGAAUAUGUAAACGACAUGCCGAACAUUGAGGGCCAACGUUACUGUGCAUUUGUCUUAUCGACGGUGGCAAAUGCUAAACUAAAAUCAAUUGAUGCUUCCCAAAUACUUAAACAACCUGGCGUCUAUGCAUUCUACACUGCCAAAGAUAUUCCUGGGAAGAAUACUUACCAGUUACCUCUGGUCAAUUCAACUCAGUACGAACAGCUGCUGGCAGAUGGUAAAGUAGAGUACGCUGGCCAGCCAGUAGGCCUAGUAGUUGCUGAGACUAUGCGCCUUGCAGAACAUGCUGCUAAUCAAGUCAAAGUAGAGUACAGUGAUGUGAAACCGCCCAUUCUGUCCGUCAAAGAAAUCCUCAACAAAGGGCCCAAGGGCAAUAUCAUUCCUCAAGGAGAAAUACCAGCGACUGCUAAAAAAAAUGAUGUUAAACACGUUGUAAAAGGAGAAGUUGAAUUGGCAAAACAGUACCAUUUUCCAAUAGAGCCACAGACGAGCUUCUGUGUGCCCACGAAUGGUGGACAAUGUAUGACCGUAUAUUCAAGUACACAAUGGCCCCAAAUUGUACAAUGUGCUAUUUCUUUGGCGCUGGGCAUCCCAGAUAACAGCGUUUAUGUGAAAGUGAGAGCAGUUGGAGGAGGAUAUGGGUUCAAGUUCAGUCGUGCCAACCUGUCAGCGACGGCGUGUGCUGUGGCAGCCUACCUGCAGCAGAAGCCAAUGCGAAUGGUCAUGACCAUCGAAUCUAUGAUGAAGGCUAUCGGAAAACGAUUCCCCUUAUUGCUGCAAUAUGAGGCUGGCGUGGAUAAUGAUGGUUUGAUCCAGUACAUGAAUAUCUCGUUCUAUGAGGAUGUAGGCAUAACUAUCAAUGAUGCCAAUUGUUUGGCUGUUUUAGUCUACUUGCCUGGAUCUUACGACCCAUCAACGUGGAGUCGUAAAGGAUUUGCUGUGAAAACUAAUUCAGCUUCUAACUGUUACUGUCGAGCACCAGGCUCUACUGAAGCAACAGCAUCCAUUGAAACUAUAAUGGAGCAUAUAUCCAGAGUGGUGAAGAAAGAUCCUUUGUCUGUUCGUUUGAAAAAUAUAAUCAAUCCAAUUGCUGCUGAUCUAUUGAACACUUUGAAAGUGUCUUCAGACUACGACAAAAGAAAGGAGGCCAUUGAAAAAUUCAAUUCCGAGAACCGAUGGAAAAAGAGAGGAUUGUCAUUGAUCACAGCCGGUUACCCUAAGAUACCCUUCAAUCUUUUGAAUGCAGCAAUUUCAAUUUACGAGCUGGAUGGAACUGUUGCAAUCAGUCAUGGAGGCAUAGAAAUUGGACAGGGUAUCAACACAAAAGUAGCUCAAGUUGCAGCUUAUACAUUGGGAAUUGAUAUAAAAUUGAUCAAAAUCUAUCCUUCUAAUACAUUUGUAUCUCCUAAUAACAUUUGGACCGGAAAUAGCCAAACAUCUCAAUCAGUUUGCUCAGCCACUGUCAAUUGCUGUAAAAUAAUAUUGGAAAGGCUUGAUCCAAUAAAAUCAAAAAUGAAGAAUCCUACGUGGCUGGAGCUGAUCAAGGCUGCAUACAAUGCCAAUGUCGAUUUACAUGCUUCCUCCAGUUGGAAGGCACAAGACACGCAAAUUUAUCCUGUUGAAGGGGUUUGCGUUUCAGAAGUUGAGCUAGACAUCCUUACUGGACAGCAUUUGAUCAAUAGAGUUGAUAUUAUCCAAGAUUGUGGACAGAGUUUGAAUCCAAAAUUAGAUAUUGGUCAAGUACAAGGAGCAUUCGUAAUGGGUCUUGGCUAUUACCUUAUAGAAGAAUUGAUUUACAAUUCCAAGACAGGUCAAAUUUUAACAGAUAGAACUUGGAAUUAUACUCCCCCUGGAGCCUUGGACAUACCAGUGGACUUCCGUGUGGCUUUGACUAAGAAGGGGGAUAGCCCAGCUGCAAUCUUUGGAUCAAAAGCUAUUGGUGAACCACCUCUUCUACUCAGUGCCAGCUUUCUAUUUGCCUUCCGGAAAGCGCUGGAUUCAGCAAGGAAAGAUGCGGGUCUGAAGGAAGAAUGGUUUGAAAUCAGACCACCUUUGACCCCGGAAUUCACAUACCAGUAUUGCGCAAAUUCCAUUAAACAGUAUCGCAUUUAAGUUGAUUAGCUAUUGAGCAAAUCAAUUUCAAAUGGAGAAGUCUGCACUUACGCCAUUAAAAUUUGUCUAUUAGCUCUAUUGUAUACUUUAUGAGCUACAUAUGAAUCCUUGAGUGUACAUUUUAUCACAUUUUCUCAAUAAAUCAAAAUUUAAAAACU